AUGGUUAAGCCAACGCCAACUUCAUCGCGGCUAUCUUUGGUGGUGGAGCCUCUGCAGCCAAUGGUUGAGAAUAGGAAUGAAGAACUGAAGUACAAGGGAGUAAGGAAGAGGAAGUGGGGGAAAUAUGUGUCGGAAAUAAGGCUUCCCAACAGCCGGGAACGGAUAUGGCUAGGUUCGUAUGACACGGCCAAGAAGGCGGCCAGAGCGUUCGAUGCAGCCCAAUUCUGCCUCCGGGGACACAACGCUGUGUUCAACUUCCCUCAUGAUCCGCCUAACAUUAGUGGUGGUCGAUCUCUCAGUCCAGCUGAAAUACAAGUUGUCGCAGCUCAGUAUGCUAACAGUAACAGCAAUAAUCAGCAGGCACCGACAGAAACUCAAUCUGAAACAAUAAUGGAAUCAGAGGGCACAUCUUCGUGGAAUUCAGACGGAGCUAUGGCUCCAAUGGAGGCAAUGGAUUGGUCAUUCCUGGACAACCUGGAUUCAAAUGCGGCUGAAAAUAUUUCAGAAUUUAGCUUAUUUUCAGACAAUUUUCAAGAUAAUAUAUACUUGCAACCAAAUUUUGUCCGUGAAGACAAUGACGAUGACCAUGACACAAAUGCGGAGGGACUUUUUUCCCAUAACUCCUUCCUUUGGAACUUCUAA